AUGUUGAAGCACGUUCAACUCAGCCCUUACCGAACUCGGUCGGCGGAUACAGUCAGCCUCAAUUCGAGAUCGAUGGAAUCGAUGAGGACUCAUCUUCAGGGUUCGAUGAGAUCUCGACAAGACUCUACGGAGAAGCGAGAUCGAUGCCUGGAUUCGGUGAGCUUGGCAUCGGCGACGAGUCUAAGUCCGGAACCUCUGUCAUCUUUACUUUCCAGCCGAUCCUCGAGUUAUUGCUCCCUAAGCGAUGCAUCGGUACUUCAAAGCCCAACGAUUUCCGUUAAUUUUAUACCAAGUUUUAAGUAA